AUGUGUGAUCACUCCUUGUUCAUCUACAGUCAUCAAGGAAUCACUCUAUAUGCAUUAGUCUAUGUGGAUGAUAUACUUGUCACAGGUUCUUCAUCUACCCUUAUUCACAAGGUAAUUUCAAAACUGCAUCAUGAAUUUGCUCUUAGUCAACUUGGGAGGCCAGAAUACUUUUUGAACCUUGAGGUCAUAUAUCAAACCAAUGGCUCAAUUAUUCUCACUCAAACAAAGUACAUCAGAGAUCUACUUAGUAGAGUUAACAUGGAAGAAGCUAAUGGUGUGACUGCACCUAUAUUCAUUCAUUGCAAGCUCAGCAGGUUUGGUACUGAUAUCAUGGAGGAUCCUCUCUUAUACAGAUAUUUUGUAGGUGCCUUACAAUACAUCACUCUUACUAGGCCUAAUAUAGCCUAUUGUAUAAAUAAGGCCUGCCAGUUUAUUGCUAACCCUUUGGACAGUCAUUGGAGUAUGGUGAAACGCAUUCUCAGGUAUCUCAUUGGUACUGCUUCUUUUGGCCUCAAAUUGUCUCCUGCAAACUUGAAUCAAGAUCUCUCUAUCAGAGCUUACAGUGACUCUGAUUGGGCUAAUGAUCCUGAUGACAGGAGGUCAACAUCUGGCACUUGUAUCUUUUUUGGUCCCAACCUUAUUUCGUGGAGCUCCAAGAAACAAUCCCUUGUGGAUAGGUCGAGUGCAGAAGCAGAAUACAUAGCUUUGGCACACACCACAACUGAGUUACUCUGGUUGUAG